CACGCACCGAGAGAAAGUAGAGACUGGAGAGACAAUAAACACAACCGAAUCCAUUAACCAUUUCCAUAAAGAGCCCAAGCAUCUACGUUUAUAUGGAAAUAGAGUUUAGAAAGAGAAAGCGGAACGUGUUGCCGAAUCUUCCUCGGAUUCGGAAUAUAUUGAGGUGAUAUUUGGCUAAAAUGUUUGAGUUUUUGGAGACAUUUACGUAGUUGUGUACAGGAAUGAGCUAGGCUUUUGAGGGGUUUUAGGGUUUAAGUGGGGUGAAAUUGAUGAGCGAGAAAGACCCAAAAGAUAGCGAUGGAGCGAGAGAUGGCUGUCUUUGCAUUGAUAUGGCUGGGCAUGGUUUUUCAUCCUCUGAAAAUGAUCUAUGCUAAUAUGGAAGGUGAUGCAUUGCAUAACCUACGGACCAAUUUAGAUGACCCUAACAAUGUUUUACAGAGUUGGGAUCCGACACUAGUGAACCCUUGUACGUGGUUUCAUGUUACCUGUAACAAUGAAAAUAGUGUGAUAAGAGUUGAUCUUGGAAAUGCAGAAUUAUCAGGUCAAUUGGUCCCUCAGCUUGGCCAGCUAAAAAAUUUGCAAUACCUGUAA